AUUGCACAUGGGACAAAUUCUGUUUCAAAUGUAUGAUUGUUCUCAUGAUUGGAGUGACGAAAUCAAUGGCAACAAAGAAUGGAGGGUGCAGACGUGGAGUUUGCGGCAGGAGUUCAAGUCAGGACAGAUUUGAGGCAAGGGAUCGUCGAAAAGCAUGGGCUAUGGCGUUUCGUCCUUGCGUCUAUUUACCUCUUGGGAGAAGGAGAGCCUGGAGCUGUGUUUGGAUGGGGCUGCUUUGCAAAUUUCAGUCGCGGAUGAGGAUGGGAGCAAUGAUUCAGCAUGGGAUCUCUUGCGUGAGUUGAAUCUCCCUAAAAUCGCACUGCAAUUCCUACACGGCCAUGGUUUUCAAACAUUCCUCCAAACCCAAGGGCUGGAUGUUUUGAGAUGGAGGAUGUCGUGUGGAGUGGUUGCAAGGACACCUUCGCUCUCAAAUUGGUCGCAGCACAAGAUUGCUCAUGAUAGUGAUUGGGGUUUGGCCAGGAAUCUCUACAUCGUUGCACUGUCACGUUGCUAUAGGAACCCUGUUGCACCAGGUGUAACAGAAGUCUGCACAGCAGGCCAUGGCGGCAGCACAGUCUGCAGUGACAGUCAGUAUCUGCCAGUACAAACGAGCGAUGUCCUCAUGAUAGAUAGCUGCUUGAGAUUCUUCGUAAACUUUGACAAGAUUCAUAACUAUAUCCUAGGCCAGCCAGUUGUGAAACAAAUAUAACUUCACUUCUUGUCAGUGAUUAGUUGCGAUGAUAGCUGGUCUGUUUCAUCAAUGCAGAAUCGUGCCGUGGGAUGAGCAUUGGAGAGUGUCCACAUAUUCAUGAGCGAUGUUUAGCAACUGUGACUGUACACAAGGGCAUGUUUCUAGUGAAAGGUAGUGCUUCUGUGCCUACAAACUAAACGCCCUGAGGAAUUCAAAGUAGAAACAUGCAUCCACAAGCUACACCGCUGGAAUUGGAAAUUGCAAUUAUGGUUCUGGUCUCGCCAUGUUCUCGAUGCAGAGCAUGUCUUACAAAUGUAUCGCCGGCAGCAGGGUGCACCUGCUGCUUCCAAGUUCUCAAUUUAAACAAAUGCUGAU